GACAGAGGGAGAGAAAGAGAUCGAGGUGAGGGUAUCAUGGUUUCUGGCUUUAAUAAUGUACCGAUGUUAAGAAACUGCUGGCAUAUUUUUAACAGUGGAUUAUUUCAAGAGAUAUACUUACUUUAUAACUUUACCUAUACUUACUAGUAUUUAUGGGUUCAAUCUGAUUGGAGAAUAACCUCCUUUCAUCUCUUUGUGAUUGCAUAAGCUAGACAAGAGACCAGAUAAGGAUCCUCUCCAUCAAGAUAUAGAGGUAACACUUUAUUAUAACUGUCAUGUGUAUGACUUUAUACAUGCAGCUGUUUAAAAAAAAUAUUAUAUCACUUUUGGGUACCGUACUGUAACAGAUUUCCAUUAAAAUGGCCAAAAAUAGCUCUUUAGCUAUUUCUAAAGCAAUAAUUUGCUUGGACUGUCUGGGAGGUGAAAACUGAAAACGAGCUUUUAUUGGCAGAUAGGUUUGGAACUCUCUUUGUUAUUGUUCUGUUAACCAAUUUACUGCUUUAUGAUGUCACAAUGGAAAGCCGAAACUCCUCUCUUCCUUUGCCAUCACUCUCUCCUCUUUCUCCCUCCUUCUCUUCCCUUCCUUUCUCCCUCCUCUCUCUCCUCUCCCCUUGCACUCCCUCUCCCCAUGCCCUCUUAUCCCCGCAUUCUCUCCUUCCUCUCUCACGUCUCUCCCCUUGCCCUCCCUCUCUCCCUUCCGUCUCUUUCGUUCAUCUAUGUUUACCUCAGUGUAUUUGCAUAGCUGGCGCAGGGACUUUUCAUUGUAACACACAUGCGCACUUGUCUGUGGACACAUAAGUUGCGUCCUAAAUGGUAACCUAUUCCCUUUAUAGUACACUACUUUUGACCAGGGCCUAUUUGGGAUUCAACCAUACACACACACACACACACACACACACACACACACACACACACACACACACACACACACACACACACACACACACACACACACACACACACACACACACACACACACACACACACACACACACACACACACACACUUAUUUUCCUAAAGCCCCACUCUGCAAUUUUUUGAGCAGUAUAUCUCAUUGAAUAUCAUUUAUAAAUUCCUCAUGCGUUAUAGCUCAAUUAAAUUUGAGAGUGGAUACAUUUCCCUAGUGUCAUACCUCAGUUUUAUAGCAAACCAAGAGCAGGCUGCUGUUUUGUUCUUGUUCAAAUGACAUAUUGUGGCUUUAAAUCAUGGAUGUGAUAUUAUACAGCUGUGAAUUCAAUUGAUGUUAAAAGGAUCGUGGUUUCAGUUCAGAUGUGUUGAUGUAUGUUGGGUUUCAAAUCAGUCGAACAGAUAGAAAGAGAAGGAAAGAGCGAAAGGGUAGAGGAGGUGGAGGAGGAAAACAGAAAAAGGUCAUAAAAAAAGGAGGAUAGGAAAAUGAGAGAUGGACCUGUGAGCGAUACAGAGAGCAACAGAGAGGAAGAAGGAGGGAGAGAGAGAAAAAGAGAGGGGGGAGAGCAAGCAACAGUCAGCCAGACUAACAUAAAACAACUCGAAAAACAAGGUAGGUUACUGGUUUCGACUUUAACUUUUUGUUUUGUUACUGAUAGCUGUGAUUUUUGUAUCAAAGUAAUUCAACCGUGUGUGCUAUCUUCCUACACUCUUAGAAAAAAGGGUUCCGAAAGGGUUCUUCAGCUGUCCCCAUAGGAGAACCUUGGAAAUUGUUUCCUCUGUGAAAAGGGUUCUUCAUGGAACCUUAAAGGGUUCUACCUGGAAGAAAAAAGGGGUUAUUCAAAGGGAUCUCGUAUGGGGACAGCCAAAGAACCAUUUUAGGUUCUAGAUAGCACCUUUUUUUUAAAGAAUGUAGUGUAGCCUAGUGUCACAACACUAAUAACUGAGACUGGGAGAUUCAGAUAAACAAUCUUAAUUUGAGCCAGUUUGCAACAGCAGGAAAAAUAAUCCUGCAGCAACAGGAAAUGUGAAUGUUUAUGUGGAUUAUAAUGAAUGAGCAUUUUUUGUAGGGGUUGAUGUAUCUUUCGUAAAUUCAGGGUGAUCAAAUUAAGAUCCUUCAUCUGUACCCAUUUGUAAACAGUUAUGUAGACCUAAAUAUUAUUUGAAAUGUGGAAAUGCCGUUUUAUUCAUUUGUGUUACAUAUCAUUUGAAAUGCAGUUGAGUAUAGUUUUUGUUCAUUUGUUUAGAAUUCUCCUCAUUCACAUAUUGCUCUUUGAGAUAGAGAUAGAGAGAGAGAAGGAAGACAUGAAUGAGUGUCAUGAUAAUUGCUAGGGUUGCGUCACUAUCAUGUCACAGACCAACAGGGAGGAGGACAGGGAGCGUCAGAACAGACAUGGAUUCAAAUGCUAUUUGAAAUCUUUCACAUACUUCAAGCAUUUGCUCUAGCCUGCCUAGAGUGCAAGAUGGGUGGGGUUUACAGAUUUGGAACUAGUCUAUUGGUCCAAUACGGCUGGAAGGGUCAAUCAAGCAUGAUUUAAAAUGCUACUUGAACCCAGGUCUGCAUUAGUGGAGUCAUCAGUGGGUGUAGCAGGGUGGAGUUGCCCAUAAACACUGAUCUUGUGUCAGUUUUGCAUUUCUGUACCUUAUGAAAACUUCACCCCUGUCAUCAGAGUGAAUGAGGAAACACCUUCAUCUAGCAGAACUUGUUUAACACAAUAGGGAAAUGACUGACUGGGAAACGUGUAAUCUAACUGGCAUUAAAAACCUGACUGACAGCAGUCAACCAAACAGCCUCAUUUAUUACUUGAUUGAAGAAGAGAAAGGCUGUGUUUUGGACAGUAGUUGUUAUGUCCUGGUUUAGCAUAAGGGGUUAGUCUAACAUUUUAGAAAAUGUAAGCUUUCCAGUACAAUUCUUUAUUGGAGAAGAGAAAGGAUUGUAUUUAGGAAAGUGGUGGUUAGCCUUAUGGCUUGGUUAGCAUAAAUAACAGGUGGUUAGCUUUAGCAUAUGUGGGUAGCAUAAGUGGUAAUAGAAUUAUGGUCUGGUUAGCAGUAGUGGUUAGCAUGACUUAACACUGAGGAUUAUGUGUGGGUUUUGGAGUUACUUUUCAUCUUUAUCUGUUUUGACAGUGAAACAUUCCUCCAUUUCCACAUGGACUUACAGUCUUCCAAGGAAACGACAUUGUGCUUCUAGCAUGUCUUAGAACUAUCCAGACGACCUGAAGGGACUAUACAAUGACUUUGUCUUUUGUUUGUCCUUCCUUUCCCUGACAACAAGGACAUAGAGAUAAGCACUAAAGUACCAUGCAAGACGACCCUGAGGGAUACUUGGUGAUUGGGGGAAACAGAACGGGAGACAUCCACAGGACUGGUAGUGGGUUUGCUGGUGGGGGAGAUGGGGGAGACAGGGGAGAUGGGCAAGACACGAGCAUGGAGCUGAAGGAUUUGACCAGCAGCACAACAGACAAUGAACAUCCGAUUGCAGAAGAAGAUGAGGGCGGUGACAUCGUAACGCAAAGGAAGGACAUCACAGCAAAAAUGAAUGACAUCAGGACUCAAUGUGAUGACUUCGGAGAUGAGGUCAACGGUGAUUCCGAGAGCCAAUCAGCGCACAGUGAGCCUCGGGUCUACAUAGAGGUGGGCGUGGCUAAGGUGGAGCUAGCCUCGGAACCACUCAAGGCCCAAUCGUCUUUCCAAGAAUCUCCGGAGUUCCCGUCCACUGCGAGCACUGGUAACCAUGGCACUGACAUUAAAACAGACACUUUGAUGAAUGACAGCACAAAAUCCAGCAAUGACUCUGAUAAUGAUAGCGCUAAAACGACCACUGACACUUAUGAUAACUUAGAUGAGAGCGGCAAAGUCAACGGUGAAGAUUCUUCGCACAAAAAGAGUACUGAUGCCUUUAAAUUAAAAACAAACCCACACAAUCACAACUCUGAUCUGGCCAUGAUGGACUCCACAACAACCCUCUGCAGACGUAACCACGACAACUACACAACCCCCGACAUCCCGUCCGACGACACUUCCACUUCCAGAUCGGAAACUUCAGUCCCUCUCAACCAAUCGGCCCCUGCGCCCGACAUCACAUGGGACGACACCCCGAACGUUAGGGAGGGGGGUGAAGGCGACGGUAGACCGCCCUCACAGAGGAGUGUAGCAGAGGGGGUGUGCUGCUGCUACAGAGCAGUACACAAGGCCUUCAUAAGGUGCCUAGAGGAGACACCAGCCAUGCUCCCUGGACUGUUGCUGGCCAUGGGCUUCUGUGUGGCUAUCAUCAUCCUUAUACCAACUACCGGAAGGCUGAAAGAGAACAUCAGUGUCCAUGUAGGGGCCCUGUCCGUGGUCUGUGUGGUACUGUGUUUGAGCACAGCCCUGCUGGUGGCCCUGCCCUGGCUGGCCGUGGUGAGGCGGUGUGGGGGAGCGCUGUCCCUUUGCCUCUGGGGGGCCCUGUAUGUCACAGCUAUAGUCUUCACCUUCACCGGAGGGCCCGUCACCGCAUGGGAACAGGUAGCGUUCUUCCUCUUCCUGUCUCUGUGUGUGUACACGGUGCUGCCCCUGUCCCUAGCCUGGGCUCUGAUGGUGGGCAUAGGGACCAGUGUGUCACACAUCAUCAUCAUCAGUGUCUACGUUCCCGUCACCAGGCCUAACACACCAGACCUGGCAGUGCAGCUGGUGGCCAAUGCUGUGUUGUUUUUGUGUGUGAACUGUGUGGGAGUUUUUCACCUGUGGCUGACUGAGCAUGCCCACAGGAAGUCCAGUAAGAAGAAAGAGAGGUUCAGCGCCAUGCGCUCCCAGAGGGACAUGCAAAAACACCAGCAGGAGCACCUCCUCCUGUCUGUGUUGCCACGAUAUAUCGCUAUGGAGCUGAAGACAGAGAUCAUCAAACGACUGUCGGAGAAUAAAGAGAAAGGACAGAACUUUCACAGUCUGUACAUCCGGCAACACAAAGAUGUCAGUAUUCUGUAUGCUGACAUUGUGGGGUUUACUAAGCUGGCCAGUACCUGUUCUCCUGAGGAGCUGGUGGGAGUCCUCAAUAAGCUCUUCGGCAGGUUCGAUGACAUUGCCAAGAAGAACGAGUGUUUGCGCAUAAAGAUCCUGGGUGAUUGUUACUAUUGUGUGUCGGGUCUGCCAGACCCCAUCCCAGCCCACGCCAGGAACUGUGUUCAGAUGGGACUCGACAUGUGCACGGCUAUCAAUAAACUACGGGAGGCUACUGGUGUGGAGAUCAGUAUGAGAGUGGGUGUGCACUCCGGCAACGUUCUCUGUGGCGUGAUUGGUCUACAGAAGUGGCAGUACGACGUCUGGUCACAUGACGUGACCCUGGCCAACCAUAUGGAGUCUGGGGGCAUGCCAGGGCGUGUCCACAUCACAGAGGAGACACUGGGACACUUAGCUGGGGUGUACCAAAUGGAGGACACUGACGGGGGAAGCCGGGAUGCUCUGCUAAAGGGGAGGAAAACCUACCUGGUGAUCGACCCCCAUAAGGAAGACACCACCUCUAAGAGGAAGGAAAAGACAAACGUCCUGACGGUCAGUGGUCAUAGGCAGCGAGCCUCAGUGAGGAUGUCUCAGUACCUGCAGUCCUGGCAGACCAUCUGUCCAUUCUCUGACCUCAGCAACCCUGAGGCCACACCCACCCAGCUGCCAAUCAACCCGACCUGCGCCAGCACGAACCAAUCACAGCCAUCCGCAGAUAGACCACCUACUCAGACCGAUUCCAGCAGUUCCAGUCCGGUCCUGGACGAUGGCAUAAGAGGGUCGUUAGAUACUAUUGACGCUGCAGAGCGGAGAGAAAAGAAGCUGAACUGCAUCACGCUGUUAUUCAAUGACCUAAAGCUGGAGAAACAGUUUCGUCUCUCAGAGGUCAAAGGUCUACACCAGUCAGUAGGCUGCAUGGCUCUCAUCUUCGUGUCUCUGUUUACUGUCCAAAUGCUCGUCUCCCAGAAGAACUUUCACAUGGCUGUGUCGUAUGGUGUCACCUUCCCUGUUCUAGUGUUGCUUCUCUCUGUGGUCUGCACUGGAUACCUUGAGAUAUGGCGCUCUAAAAUCCCUCUCAGUCUACAGUGGGUGACGUCGCUGUCGCAAGGAGUGGCCACAAGGCCGGCGGCACGUUUACUGCUGGUCUGCCUUUGUCUACUCAUCACCUUGCUUAUGGCCAUACUAAACUUUUUCUUUCUACCUGGAAACGACUGUACCUCCAACUCGUACAACACGUCGCAACUACAGAACCUCAACCUGUACACCGUCCCUUAUUACCUGUACUGCUGCCUGCUGGCUAUGCUAAGUGUGGUGGUGUUUGUGAGGACGUGCAUGUCCAUCAAGGUGUUGCUCCUCACACUGGCUGUAGUAGUCUACCUGUCUCUCUUCCUCUACGUCUACGCACCUCGCUCAGACUGUUACAUGGCCCUGCUCUACAACGAUACAAAACCUGGAGUCCUAAAGGAGCCUAAGAUCAUGGCUGGAGUUUGGCUGUUCGUCUUCUAUUUUACAUGCCUGAUACUGGCACGACAGGACGAGUUGGGCUGUCGCGUGGAGUUCCUACUGCAGCAGUGUUUCAGAACUGAGAGGGUUGAGAUGGAGACCAUGGAGAACGUCAACAAACUACUACUGAAGAAUGUCCUACCUCUUCAUGUAGCAUCUAAAUUCAUGGGCAAGACCAUACGCAACCAGGACCUGUACAGCCAGUCCUGUGACUGUGUGUGUGUGAUGUUCGCCUCGGUACCCCAGUUUAAGGAGUUCUACAGCGAGAGCAGUGUGAACCGAGAUGGACUGGAGUGUUUACGUUUCCUCAAUGAGAUCAUCUCAGACUUUGACGAGCUUCUCUCUGAGCCAAAGUUCUGUUCUGUGGAGAAGAUUAAGACUAUUGGCAGCACCUACAUGGCAGCUGCUGGUCUGACCAAUCCUGCUAUAGGGGACGAGCGAAAGGACUGUGAUGUGUCCUACAGCCAUGUACGCAGCAUGGUAGAGUUUGCCAUCGCUCUGAAGAACAACUUGGAGUCCAUCAACCAACACUCCUUCAACAGCUUUAAGCUACGCAUCGGGAUAAACCAUGGUCCAGUGAUUGCGGGGGUGAUCGGAGCCCACAAACCACAGUAUGAUAUCUGGGGGAACUCUGUGAACGUGGCCAGUAGGAUGGACAGCACCGGAGUACUAGACAAGAUCCAGGUGACCGAGGAAACAGCGCAGGUGGUAAAGACCUUUGGCUUCAGUGUGACCAAGAGAGGAGUCAUCACCGUCAAGGGCAAGGGAGAACUUACGACCUACUUCAUCAACACCGACUGACCAAUCAUCUUCUCUGUUCUGACCUCUCCAACCAAUCAUCAUCACUCAUUUAGCCACACGUCAAACUCUGACCUAUCUCAAUCGUCCUUAUUUAUUCGCAUGCAGUAAUGCUGUGAAUGGGGACACUGCAUUAGGAGGAAGGAGGUGUUGUCUUUGGAUGAAUAUGUUAAACCAAAUACAGAAUGUCAAAAAAGAAAUACUUGAUUGGUAGGCAAUUUGUGAUAAUUUAUUACUUGUGUUUUAAAUGAAUCUGUCUCUACUCAUGAACUACUGUAUCUAUCUGUGUGUGAUCUUUGAUGACAGACAACAAAACAAAGCCAUUUAGGAAUAUGCUCUUACUAAUGACAGUGACACAGAGUGGGUUCAAGGCAAGCAAUGACAGUGAAUGUUCCUUCUUAGGAAAUUAUAGGCUUCAUGGAAACACAAGAUUGUGUACUUUUCAAUGGUUUCCUAAAAGGGAUGUUAUAUAUAAUAAGAAUAUGUAUGGGCUGUUAUGUUAUUUAAAUGGAUGAGGAAGUAGUUGACAGUAGGCUAUCACUGCCAAAGGUACUGCUGCCUUCACACUUUUGAAUCCAUCUGCCGCCACUUUAAUACCAUGAAAAUGCAAUAUAACUUACUGUAUUUAACUUUUGGUAAUGUAAUUUCAGAUAAAUGUUUUUUAUUUUGUUUUUACAGAGAUUUAUAUAUUUUGUCUAUUCUGAACGAUUUUAUGAGCACGCCUGGGCAUACAGUAUAUGAAUGUGCAUACAAAUAAACUAAGAUGUGGAAGGUUGCGCAAUCGCUUCUGUAAGCUACUAAAUACCAAAUUGCAUUGAUGUUUUUGUAAGAUAUGUGCAUUUCUU